AUGUCAGCAGAUCAGAUUUAUUCUGCCAAAUAUUCUGGCGUCGAUGUUUAUGAGUUUAUACAUCCUACGGGAUCCAUAAUGAAGAGGAAAACCGACGACUGGGUCAACGCUACACAUAUCUUAAAAGCGGCAAAGUUCGCCAAAGCCAAGAGAACUCGCAUACUGGAAAAAGAAGUGAUCAAGGACACCCACGAAAAGGUGCAAGGUGGAUUCGGAAAGUAUCAGGGGACUUGGGUGCCUCUCACCAUUGCAAGAGCACUUGCAGAUAAAUUCGAUGUUUUGGACGAGCUCAAACCACUAUUCGACUACACGCAAUUAGAAGGUUCUGCUUCGCCUCCAAGAGCCCCAAAACAUCACCAUGCUUCACGGACGGAUUCAGGCCGCAAAAAAGCUGUCAGAACCAGUUCUACAAUUUCAAAUACUGCUGCACACUCUAACUCUUCAACCGGGACCCCAACUGAAGCCACAACGCCGAAAAAUGUACCGAAAAAACGCGGCAGACCACCAUCGAAAAAAAAUAAGAACCUGGGUGGCAGCGUUUUGGAGAGGUCCCAGAGCGAUAUGACUUUCCCACGUCCUGCAAUCCCACUUUCGUCUAUCUCAUCUAAAAGAUUGCCCUCUAUACAAAGUCCGCUUCAAAGAACAACAAGUUUAGAUCCGACAAUAAUGCGGGAACAAGACACUCCGCCGCAACACUUCAAGGAACAGGACAUCGACGACGGUCUUUCGAGUGACAUAGAACGUUCUGAAGCUGUCACAAAAGUAGAAGGAGCUCAAUCUUCCUCAUCUUCGCUCCCGACUUCACCGAGUGGUCUGUCAGACGACAAUACCUUUGACCAACGCACAGGUCCCGGCUUGAGUGGUCGUGACGAACUGGGAAGCACCACUUCUCCUCUUUCGACCAUGAUACCUCGCUUCAACAGCCAGUCCUUCAACAGCCAAACCUCGGAUAUUAAUACCAAAGUAAAUGGAUAUUUGUCCAAACUAGUGGAUUAUUUUGUGUCUAGUGACAUGCACUCUGAAGAAACCGCACCUUCGGAGCUUUUAUAUCCUCCUCAAAACAGUGCUCCUUAUAUUGACGCUUGGAUAGACCACGAACAUCAUACAGCAUUCCACUGGGCUUGUGCCAUGGGGAAUUACGCGAUAGUAGAGGCUCUUUAUAAUGCGGGCGCUAAUACGCGCGCCGUUAAUCUCCAAGGGGAAAAUCCUUUGAUUCGGUGCUCUACAUUUCAUAACUCAUUCACCAGGCGUACCUACCCUCGAAUACUUCAGCUUUUGAAUGAAACCAUAUUUGACGUUGACUCGAAACUACAAACUGUAGUACAUCACAUUGUGCAGCGCAAAUCGUCGACUCCAUCUGCUGUGUUCUACUUGGAUGUCCUGCUGUCGAAACUCAAAGAUAUGUCACCGCAAUAUCGAAUAGAACAUCUUAUAAAUGCUCAGGAUCAAGAAGGUGACACUGCAGUUCACAUAGCUGCUCGCAAUGGAGACAGUAAAUUUUUCGAACGGUUGAUGCAGCAAGGAGGACUAUCCACAAUCAAAAACUCAAAAGGUUUAACAGCAACGGAGCUUAUGAAUCAGACUAUACUCUCGUCACAACCGUCUUCUGCUUCAAAUGGCAGGUUCAAGCAAGCGCUUACUCCGUUGUCUCCCUCGGAGUUCUUCAUGUAUCCUUCACAAACUGCUACGAGGCUAAGCCGCGGCAUACCCGAAGUGGUUAGCGCGAUGAAGGAAAUGAUCGACUCUUAUAACAGAUUACAUCAAAGCAGGGACGCCGAUAUAAUAAAUCUCGAAAAGACACUCAAGGGUAUGGUGAAAACAAUUUCCAACGUUAACUUGAAAACUUCAGAAGCUUUAGAAGCCGAUGACUACCAUCGGAGUCCAAAUAUGGAGGACCUCUUAUCGGCACGCACCCAAGAAACUCAGGAGUUACAGAUCCAAUUGAAUCAUAUUGAAAAAGAAAUGUUCAACAGACUUGAAAGACGUCAAGCUAAGCAGUUAGCGAAGCUGGUCCAAGAUCAAGAGAGCGAGAUUACACAGCAUGCCGAGGAACAUAGUCAAACUGACAAAACAGAACAAUUGAAGCUGGCCCUUCAGUUGUCUCAAAUGCAAAUGAAAAGGCGAAUCAUGUUGUCGGAAAGCAUGAGGGUCAUUGGUGAUAAUUCCAAGAUCUACAAGUACCGUAAAAUGAUUUCGCAUGGAACUGAGAUCGAUAUUACGGAUGUAGACCAAUCUCUUGACGUGAUAUUAACUAGUCUAGACAAUAAUGGUAUAGACGUGUAA